ACCCCGAGAUGUCCAGACUCUCUACUUCUAGGGACUCUAGUGAAAGAGGCCUUUAAGCGCCAAACCGCCAAAGUGAACGUAUUCGAACUAUUCAAAGUCGUCGUGUCGGUCUCACUGACUGAAGAAGACGAAAUGGAAGUGAUACCGCGAAAAAAAGCUCGAAAGGAAAAGCUUAAUGUGUCCAAAAACGGUGGCGCGAUACAAAUGAGUGAAAAUGCAUUGGUUUCAAAUAUCCAUUUAACCUAUGACAUUCUAAGAAUUGUCUUUCAAUAUUUGAAUGCUGGAGAGCUUGCAAACGCCGCAAUGGUUUGUAGACUUUGGUUACAAGCUGCAGAUGAUGAAAAGAAAAAAAGAGGAGCUUAUUGUGUUACACUUGAUACUUUUAAAUUAGGUUUUUUUGACAAUUUUCUUUUAGUUGAUCAAUUGUCAUGGCAUAUCAACAGAAAAGCAGAAAUUAAACCAUCAAUAGGCUUCUUCUUUCUUGAUAAGGAACUAUUGUUUGCACAAAGUAAUGUAGCAGUUUCACACAACACAUGUACAUUUGAGCAAAAAAAAGAAAACGCCGUUAUAUACAGAAUUCUUAAGAACAGCCUCAUUUUCACCACUGCUGUCCUGAUCACCGGUGCUAUACAGACGUGGUCCGUGGUUUUGGACAAAACGUGUAAUACAGAAGAGCAAAUAAAAAAAGAAUUAAAUUUAUUUAAGGCACAAGUAAAAUUAAAGAAACAUUCCAUAGCAUUCAUGAACAUGCUCAGAUUGAAGUAUGAAAAUAUGGAAUCUGGGAAUGAAGAUAAUGAAUCUGAAUCUGAAAAUAAUGAAUCUGAGAAUGAAGAUAGUGAAUCUGAGAGUGAAUAUAUUAAGUAUGAAAUUCCAUUUAAAUUUAAAGAAUAUCAGAUUCUAGAUGGUAUAAGAUUUAGUAAAGAAUCACAAAUAUUCAGUAUGUUAUUCCCUACAAUACCCUUAGUAGGUUGUCUUGGUUGGGAUGGAUUUGGGAAAACUACUAGUAUGGAUGAGAUAAACGAAGAAAAAAAAAGGAAAACGGAACGUAAAUGUAACAGAUUUGAAACUUGGUAUCAUAAAUCCGGUACUGUCUUUUUGAUAAUUACGUAUGAUUGAAAGAAGAGCCGCUUAAGUGAUGUGUGCGAAUAUAUUUUGUUACUCAUAUAAUACUAAUUUUAGUUCGUUUAUUUUUCGUUUUCGUUAUUAACGAGAUAAUUUUUCACCAGUGCACAACAAAUAUAAUUUCUUUUGAUCUGUACGUAACACGUACAUAAUUAACACGUGUAAUCCACAUAUAUAAGAAAUAAAUAAAAAAAUUUCAUUGAAA